AUGGAGAGUUAUUACACAAAUGAGCAGGCUUUCUUGGAAGAGCUUAUGAGUGUUAGGGAGAUAGAUUUAUCUUACAUCAACGCCAUUAAUGGCUGUCUGAACAGCAAUUAUGCCAAUUUUGUCCCAAAUUCCAACUCCUCAUGUUUCGAAAACAGCUACAACCCUAAUUAUUACCUCGCCCAAAAUCUCAGUAACAACAAUAGCCAUAAUAACAAGAGCUUCACUUGCUCGUCCUACGGCGAGGAGCUCUCCCCACCGGAUUUCACUGCGGACUCUUCCGGCAGCCGGAAUUUCAACGGCAGCCACGCCUUCAGCGGCGGACCGGGCCUGUACUCCGGGAUUCAGAAUAUGGAGAUAGGGGGCCCGUGCAAGGCGGAGCCCCAGCCCUCGGGCUUCAACGUUGAUUUCGGCCCGGCCCAGAUAAAGAGCGCGGGGAAGACGAAGAAAAUCAGCGGCCAGCCGUCCAAGAAUCUCAUGGCCGAGCGCCGCCGGAGGAAGCGCCUCAACGACCGCCUCUCCAUGCUCCGAUCUGUUGUUCCCAAAAUUAGCAAGAUGGAUAGAACAUCAAUACUGGGGGACACCAUAGAUUACAUGAAGGAGCUGAUUGAGAGAAUCAAUGGCCUGCAAAGAGAGAUGCAUUUGGGGUCAAAUCAAUUGAGCUCAAUGUCCAUUUUCAAUGAUGUCAAGCCUAAUGAGAUUGUGGUUAGAAAUUCACCCAAGUUCGAUGUGGAAAGGAGAAAUUCAGACACAAGAAUGGAGAUAUGCUGUGGAGGGAAGCCUGGGUUGUUGCUAUCAACAGUCACCACAUUAGAAGCAUUGGGCCUUGAAAUUCAGCAGUGUGUUAUUAGCUGUUUUAAUGAAUUCUCACUCCAGGCUUCUUGCUCUGAGGAAUUUAAGAAAAGGGCAAUGCUGGACACAGAGGACAUAAGGCAGGCACUGCUGAGAAAUGCUGGAUAUGGGGAAAAAUAUGUGUAA